CCGUCACUAGAUCUGCUGAGUAAGGGAACCAGCAUCAUUCUCGUCUGAGCCUGGAACGAGUCCACUUAAAGAACCUCACCAGCGCGAAGCCUUUUCUCCGCUUGCAGUGUCACCAUGUUCCCUCUUGUUCUGAUGGCCGCCGCCUGCGCGACCUUUUUGUCGUCCUCGGCGUCGGCGACCUUUUUGACGUCCUCGGCGUCGGUGGUCUCGUAUCCAAGAUCGCCAGUGUGUGUCGGUGAUGGAUGGGAGCGGAUUCUCGAUCGUUGUUUUUCUUUUAGCGACGUUGUGUUGACUUUUGACCAACUCGAGGGUUACUGCAGGAAGCGGAAUGGCCUCCCGGCCGUUCUCAGUUGUUCCCUUGUGUAUUACGCAGUGACUGACAGGAUCGGUCACUUCCCAGGGAACCCAGAGUUUUGGGUGGGACUGUUCCGACAAGCUUAUCGCGUCUGGUUCUCUUGGGAUUACAACAUCAACGCUUUUGACUACGGACCUGUUGGAUUCUUCCCGAAGUCUAAAGAGAGCAAAAUGACACUUUGGAAAGAUUGCCUAACUUUGAAUGGAAGGGGAUUUUACAAUGGAUAUGACUGCUCAUCUAGGAAGCGAUUCAUCUGUGAAGCCAACAAUGGUCCAGUUUGCCCGACUUGUAAUUGUCCGGCGUGUCCCAGUUGCCCCGUUUGUGCACUUCGUGAACCAUGCCCUCCCACACCCGCUCCAUGCGGGACACCUCCUCCCUCCACCCUUCCAUGUGGGACCCUUCCUCCAGCACCUACCUGCCGGGCUCCACUCCCAUGUGCUCUGCAUCCAGGACCAGGGAACGUCACACUUUGGCAUGAGACUUCUAUACUGACGCGCACGGCCGAAGACAUCAGAGACUCGUGCAUGCUAGUUAUGUCACCUAAUGAGGCAAGAUUCUUAGUUAGGCUUCUCAGCUUUUUCGGGGUGGGCCGCAGCAUCGUCAUCAGAGGACAAGUCCAACCAGAGGCAGACAGGGUCAUCUUCCAACUGCGCAUGGCCAACGGAACAGCGCUGAACCUGGGCUUUCGCGUCAACGGGCGAGAGAUUGUGCUCGACUCCAAACUGGGCAACUCUUGGGACGUCGAGCAGGAGACAGAGGCAGACUCCCUCCCCAUUGAACCUGGACUCAACUUCGAGGUGAUCAUCCAGUGCUACGUCGACCGCUUCCGUGUGACUGUUGACGGCGUCCACCAGGAGGAUUUUAAAUAUCAAGGCCUUAACCCGCAAAUCUUCACGGCGCUGACAGCACGCCGUGACGUGUCACUGGCGGACGUCAAGCUAAUCUGAUGUCGUCGGUGCAGAUCGAAGCGCUACCACCUGUCUGGGCGAUCGCUUCCUGUCACAACGUCAAGCUACAUCCAGUUUUUUUUUUUUUUUUUUUUUUUUACAGUUAAUGGUAACAGCACUUGGCUUAAGAUGAAAAA